AUGCUCUACAGCACCUUCAAGGGCGGAGGUGGAGGCUAUGACCAGAUGCAGGGGCAGGCCUUCAUGCCCGGCAAGAGGAAACGGCUCAAUGUGGUCGCCAUCCUUCUAAAUGCGUCGAUUCCCAGCAUUGCCUUUGCGAUGAGUGGCUGGGCCUUUCGUUUCAGCAUCCACUACGAGCAGCCUAUGUUGACCUGGUCCCUGCUGGUUCUUGGCUUGCUGAUCUCCAUGACCUCGUAUGUGCUGGGCCGUUGCAACCGUCAAGUCGCAGGGCAGCCCAUGUGGUACACCUUCUUCGCAAUCAGCUUUGCCUUAGCCUCAUUGCUCGGUGCGGCGCUUGGAGAUUACCUCUUCCACAACACCAUGGAGGCAGCCUUCAACUUCCAGAGCAUGAGCAGCUAUUCUGCGGUCGAUCCGGCAAAGCAAAAGGGACAAGAGAUCAUGGAUGCUGGAAGAGUCUAUUUCUCUUCUGGCAGCAAAUUGGACCUUUCCAAGUCUAUGAGCUUUCACAACUUUGAAGAGUAUUGCGUGGCGCCAAUUGUUCAUGGCGACAUCGAACUGGCGUCCUACGACUUCUGGGCUGUGGGCACCAAUUGCUGUAACCAACGGGAUGGCCUCUUUCGCUGCGGCGAGUAUGCGAACAUUCAUGCUCGUUCCGGGCUUCGCUACAUGGACCAGGAGAGGCAGCAGCAUUUCAUGUCAGCUGUGAAGCAAGCGGAAGCAGCUUUCGGUAUCAAGGCUAAACACCCCUUGCUCUUCACUUGGCUUCAAGAUCCACUGGCGAUGAUUAACACCAAGGUCGCCUCAGCCUGGCAUUUCUAUUAUGUUGGCGUCGGCACCUUUUUCUUCACGAACCUCUUCGGCGUGAUCGCCUCCUGCCUGGGCGAUGCCGGAUCCACCAAAGGCGUGCUCACAGUGGUUUGCACCUCAGAAGGUCAGCCUUCCAACCUCCAGCCGGACGCCACAAAGGCGAGUGGGGAAGAUGUCAAAUUCUGCGAUUCCCUAGGGCCCGCGUUCGCCCUGUGGAUCGGCAGGGCACCUGUAGAUGACGAGACAGGUCAACCAGCUCAACGUGCAUCGAAGACGGGCUCAGGUGCUCGUAAAACUGCAGAUCGAUCUUCACCAGGCGGCUGCCGGGCUGCAUCAAAACAUGUCGUGGCAAAGUGCAGAUUGACGAAGGCUGGAGUGAGCUUGGCAGUCUGGUCCCCCCAUGUCCCCUUCGUCGAACAUCUUCCAAGCUGUGUUGGAGGUACCCGCAAGCCACAAGAUCGAUCUUCGCCCAAGACAGGUCGCGGCAACGUGCAGAUUGAUGAAGGUGCUCGUCGCAAGGCCGCGGGGCACAGCUCAGCCUUCCCAGGUUUGACCAGCAAAAAGACAGACGCGCAAGAAGAUGAGCAACCUGCAGCACCAGAUUGCUUUGCACCACGUGGCGGGGGGGGCGCCAUGCCUGGUGUGGUGAGUGCGGCCGAGGCGUUCUUACAGGCGUUGACUCAGGGCCAUCAUGAUGGGGCUGAGAAUGUAGGAGUUGAUGUGGUGAAUCACAAUGGCAUCCGCAGCCGCUCCCUGCGAGCAGCCCAUGCCUUUGGAAAGGGUGACGUUCUUCUGUCAAAUGCGCCUGAGCACGUCAUUCGAGCAGCAGAUGUUCAUGGCAGGAGAUUCGAUGGCUGCCAGGAUGAUGCCUGUAAGCUGGCGCUGUACAUUGCCGAAACACGGGCCGCAGGGCUCAAAGAAGCAAGCGGCAGCUAUUGGCAGAAAGCCCUCGAGACCUUUCCGGAGUUCAGCGACUUCGAAGCUCUUGGUGUGCCACUGGCGGCGAGCGAGAAGGCUCUUGCCACGUUGAGUCAGGUCCCAGAAUUUCAAACUUUGGUGCCCUUCAUCCAGAAAACACGUGGUACCAUGCUGUCCGCUGUGGAUGUGUACAACCGCAGUGCAGAACCGCAUCCAGCUCUUAGUUUCUCAGAAGCCUUGUGGGGUCGCUUGGUUGUUGAAACCUAUGCCUUUGCAAACACGGCAUGCGGCCUCCACCUUGCACCACUGGCGAGUUGGGUGAACCAUAGCCUGCAGCCCAACGUAAGCUACAACUGUGAUGUCCGUGGUGUGACCGUCUCCGCCUUGCAGCCUUUGGCUCCACACAGCGAGCUGCAGGCCACGUACAACAAGUUGGGCCCUUUGGCCAACUUUGCCAAAUAUGGUGUCAUUGAAGACGCCGGCUCAACAAAGCCUUUGAGCCCUUCCAGUUGCACACGCCUGCAGCUUAGUCCGCAAGCCAAAGAACCGCUCCUGCGAGCCGCGAGCAAGUUGGCAUCCAUCCAUUGCCAGGGCUCCGCGCCGGACUCGCUGAGUUUGCCGCCUGCGGCCCAGCCACUUCCUGCCCUAAAACCAACGCCUGCGAAUCCGCCAGCUGCCGAAGGGCUACAGUGGGGCAGCCUUCCACUUCAACCCAUGACCCAGAUUCCAGGAAUCUCCAACUUGCUUUAUGGCCCGCGGACCUACAUCCCCUUGUCCCCAAGCGCCUGGGAUGCUACGCUGCCAAUGAUGUUCCCGACGACUGCCCACAUGCCGCAGCUGGACCUGGUGGUGCUGGCAGGCUCGCCAUGGCGGAGCGCUGCGAGCGCUACGACGUCCAGGAGCAGAGAUGCCAGCUUUCUCACGUGAAAAGCGAGCAAAA